CGGCGGAGCGCGCAGAGCUCGUGCGCCCGGCAGAGGCGCUGGCAGCCGCGCGCGCCGAGGCACAAAGGCUGGUGUGGAAGCCACCCGCGAGGCGGCAAAAGGAAAGCGAAAGCCUCGGCGGGGCCGGGGCCGGAGUGAAGGCGCCGCGCUGCGCUCCCAACACCGACAGUUCCCGGGCCUGCCCUCUGGGGUCUGACGGGCCCGAGCCCGGCGCGCCGCGGCCAUGGCCAUCGCCCACCUGGCCACCGAGUACGUGUUCUCGGACUUCUUGCUGAAGGAGCCCUCGGAGCCCAAGUUCAAGGGGCUGCGGCUGGAGCUGGCCGUGGACAAGAUGGUCACGUACAUCGCCGCGGGGCUGCCCCUGCUGCUCAUCUCGCUGGCCUACGCGCAGGAAAUCUCCAUCGGUACACAGAUAAGCUGUUUCUCCCCGAGUUCUUUCUCCUGGCGUCAGGCUGCCUUCGUGGAUUCUUACUGUUGGGCUGCCGUUCAGCAGACGGACUCCUUGCAGGGCGACUCUGGGAACCUCCCGCUGUGCCUGCACAAGUUUUUCCCCUACAUCCUGUUGCUGGUCGCCAUCCUGCUGUACCUGCCCUCCCUGUUCUGGCGUUUUGCAGCUGCUCCGCAUAUUUGCUCAGAUUUGAAGUUCAUCAUAGAAGAACUUGACAAAGUUUACAACCGCGCCAUUAAAGCCGCGAAGAGCGUGCGUGACCUCGACCUGAGAGAUGGUUCCUGCAUAGUUCCCGGUUCUAAUGAGAACGUAGGACAAAGUUUGUGGGAGAUAUCUGAAAGCCACUUCAAGUACCCAAUUGUGGAACAGUACCUGAAGACAAAGAAAAACUCUAAUAAUUUAAUUGUCAAGUACAUCACCUGCCGGGUGCUAACACUCAGCAUUAUACUGUUAGCAUGCAUCUACCUGGGCUAUUACUUUAGCCUCUCCUCCCUCUCAGAUGAGUUUGUCUGCAGCAUCAAAUCAGGGAUCCUGAGAAAUGACAGCACCGUCCCCGAUCAGAUUCAGUGCAAACUCAUCGCAGUUGGCGUCUUCCAGUUGCUCAGUUUCAUUAACUUGGUGGUUUAUGUUCUGCUGGUUCCUGUGGUUGUCUACACGCUGUUUGUUCCGUUCCGGCAGAAGACAGAUGUUCUCCAAGUAUAUGAAAUCCUGCCCACUUUUGGUGUUCUGCAUUUCAAGUCUGAAGGGUACAACGACUUGAGCCUCUACAACCUUUUCUUGGAGGAGAAUAUAAGUGAACUCAAGUCGUACAAGUGUCUUAAGGUACUGGAGAAUAUUAAAAGCAACUGUCAGGGCAUCGACCCAAUGGAUCUCCUGACUAACCUUGGCAUGAUCAAGAUGGAUAUCGUCGACGGCAAAAAUCGCCAGCAGUCUGAGACGAUGGGAGAGGAGCAGGGGAACCAGACGGCAGAGCUCAAAGAUUUGAAUGCACACAGUGAAACUAAAGCAAGUAAUGGGGAGAGGAAUGCUCGACAGAGACUCCUGGAUUCUUCUUGCUGAUGAUCGUUUUCAGGAACUUCAGAGCCGUGACUUCUGUGACGUGGGAUUCAUUUUGGCUGCAGCGCUUCUGUGAGGUUUCAUCUGGUUCGCAGUAAAUGGCUCUUGGUAAUGGCGGGACACGACUUAUGGAGUCCCUAAUGAAAAUGAUGGCCCUCCGAAUGCUGUGGGAGAGCCGUUCAUGCACUUCCUCUGAGAAGCAAUGCAGAGAUGAGUAAGCCACAGCAAGUAUGUGAGCUCUCAUCAGAUGAAAAGUGGAAAGGCUAAUCAGAGUAAGAGUGGUAGCCCUUUUAGUGCCUCAGAGCAACACCUUUCUGUAUAGAUGGUGCGAUGAGACUCGGAGCUACGGGAAAGCAUGGACCUCGGGAGACUGUUGUUUUGUGAAAUAAUAAGCAUGUCAGGAUACAACUCCGUAUGAAUCUCCCACGUGCCCUAAUGACUGCUGGACAAGAAAAAUGUUCCCUGGCUGUGGACCCAGAGGUGGACCUGCUCUUGGCCUUGUCCUGAAUUGGGAGAAAUGCACACCCUGGCGCUCUCUACACUGCCACCUGAGAGCCUUGGCCAACCACGCUAACCACUAUUGGUUGCAGCCUGGUAUGGAGGGCGCCCGCCCACGCACUGCUCUGCCUGACAAGUUAGUUUAUAAGGCAGAGUCUAAAGGGUCCUGACUUGUGACUGCUGUACAGGAAAGAAGGCUCCUGAAAGAGCCCUCGGGGAAAUCCGCACAUUCAGCACAGGUUGGUUCAGGCACUGUCCAAGGGGCGUUCAGAGCGCAGCCCCUGUUAGCAGAAGCAUUUGAAACAGGGUGCUGCGGAAGCAAAUUAACUGAACACAGGAUGUUUAAAACGAGGGACAUUUUACCUACCGUGAUCAGAACACAUAAACGACAGCUGCCGUACCGUGUGCCUGAAGCCAGCACAGCUUAGCAGUGUGUUUUAUUUAUAUUUAAGCACAUCUUUUACACAUUUAAUUUGGUGUCAUAUGGUGUCAGAAUUGAGGCCAUUUGGGAAGAACACUCUAACAUUGAUGGAGAAUUACAGAAUAAAUGUGACAAAAGGGUACCUAAUAUACCCAAGCAUUAUUUUGUAAACAUUUUCAAGCUAAGACUAUAUAAAAACUCUAACCAGUUCUGACCAGGUAAAGACAUCCUCACUAUGUUUACAUUUUAUACAAACUUUGUGAAAAUGACACCUGUGGACCUCCCCGUUUUUAUUCUCAGAGAGUGAACACAUGGCUAACGCGAGCAAUCUUCAGGAACCUUGAAGUUUACAUGUGGCUCUUAGGGACAGUGUUGACCUGAUAUAGUGACAGUUUUGUGAAGAACAAAAGUUAUAUAAGCUGCUCUUUGUCUUCCAGAAUACUCACAAAGGCAGGCAGGUUUCAUUUGUGCUUCUGUGAUGGUUUCUGAGAUGGAGAGCUAAUAAUAAAUAAUCAAGGAUGCAAUCAACACUUUAAAUUAUUCUUAUUAUGUGAUAUUUAUUACCAAUAAAUUAUAGUGGAAAUGGCAGUAAUCCAAGUAACCAAUUUUGCUACAUGUUCAUGUCAUUGUAUCUGAGAUGUUCGGUCACCCUACUCUACAUUCAUUGCUUUUUAUAAUUUGAAAAUAUAUAUUUUUCUAUGCUAUGCUUUUCUUUCAAAAGGCCUCAUCUUCCCUGUAGACUGUCCCUGAUGUGUAUUUUGAAGCAGUAAAGUGGAUACAUUAUUUAGGAGACAGGAACUCUCUAAGUCCCGCCGUGUGUCAUCCUCCCAUCAGGGUUAUAAUUGGCUUCUGUUCAUGUCCCCGUUCCCACUCUCGGAGCUCUGAGAGGGUCUGUGACACUAGUCACCGACUAGGUGGGCAUGAAAAAGACAGGUCCCCAUCUUUGAGGAGUGCAGAGUCUAGUAAAAGGCAGCGAAGACAGAGGCAGGUGCAAGAAGAAGAGGAGCCACGAUAAAGGCCCUUCCAGAAAACGCACAGCCGGUGCUCUACGCUCCUGGGAAACGCCUGUUGUUUUUCUCUUUUUCGUAGUGUCCGUGGCUGAUGGUUUUGAGAGCCUAGUUCCAGGUUUUCCCAGUAGCUCUAUAGCCAUGUGCCCCCAGGUGGAAGCCUGGGCAAAACCAUGGCAUAGACGGUGAUUUUGAACAGUGAAGAGCUCCAGUCACUCCAGUCACCUUUCAUACCUGACCUGGCAUGGGGUGGGGAGGACCAGCCCAUGGGCUGGUUGCCUGAGAACAACAGUCAUGCCGCCAGGAAGCUGAGGUGGAUGGCAUCCAUUUUUGCUUGGAAAAAAAGUGCUACUAGGAAAGUUAACCCAUCUAUCCACUGUGUGUUCCUGGCUUAGUGAACUAAUUUGAGCAGCCAGAUUCCUGAGGGUGAGGAGACAUUCAUUGCUCUAUAAAAGGAGACAAACUUCCUAAAUGUCCUCGCCCCUUAUCCCCACCCCCAAGUAGCACUUGACCUUGCCUCUGACCCAGGUCUGCCUAGUAAACCACCAGGCAGCCUCUGAACCAGGCUCGUACCACCCGUGUUGCAGCUGGGACUGGGCCCUUCAUUCUGAAUGCAGUGACCAGCUGCGUGUAUAAUCUUACCAAGGAACAGGCGGAGACCCUCCCAUGCAGAGGUUCUUAAACUUCUGGGAGGUUACAAACUCCCUUGGAAAUAUUUUUUUAAAGCUCUAUACCUUCUUUUCAGAUCUACACACACACUAAACAAACCUCCUGGGGUCACAGCCCACACACCCAGGGUUAAGCUGUGCUUUAAUGGCUGAAGGCCACCGCACAGCAGCGAGGAGACCCCCACUGCCCUUGUGUUCCCACAGGGAGCCUCAGCGGAAGGCUCGCUUUUGAGUGAAGGGUACCUGUUGAGUAACUGACUUCGUUUUCUAAAGUCAGAUGGAAAAGUUACAAGAAUUGGCGUGGGUAGCCUGGAUUGGUCAGGCAGUUGGCAUUGACCACUGUUCUCUCUCUGGCCACCAGGGGCUACGUAUUCCAGAUCCGAAUCAUUGUCCCCAGGCAGCCUCACUGGAAGGUGAGGAGGGUGGACUAACACUUGUAAAAUGCUUUGUCCUGCUCCGUAGUGGUCCUGUGAGGGAGCUGGGAACUUCCAGUUGCGUGGUGGGUCUUGUGGCAUGUUCAUGUUUCAUUUGUGGAAGCAACCCGUUGACGGGGUAUCCUCUCCUAGCCAAGAAUGAGCCAAGGCAGGACUGCAGGGCAGUAGGGCCUCGUUCCUGGGAAAAUUAGUUCAGCUCUUAGAGGCAGGUGCACACUUUUUUUUUUUUUUUUAAAUGCGUGCAUGUUUGGUUCCUUUUGCUAUUGUCAGUCCAGAGUAAAUAGAAAAUCCACAAGGGUGGGAGUUUUUACCCACUGCUGUACCCGAAGCUCCUAAAACAAUGACUGUCGUGUACUAGGGAUUCUCAAAUGUUUGCUGAAUCCAUAAACACACCAGUGUGAUAACUCCUCAUUUGUUGGCAACUGUGAUUUGAUUUUAAAAGGCAGAUGGUUCUCUGCAGGAGAGGGGGGAAGGGAGCUCACUUAGCUUCUUGGUAGAGGGGGGAACUAUUUCUGCAGAUGAAUAGGCUUCUACAGAUAAGGGACUGUUCUUAGCUUUUUAUUGUGGAGUUAGUCGUGAUCACUUUCCAAGUUCAGUACGAGUUCAGUGCUGCUCUGCCAUGAUUAGGGCGACUGACGUUUCAGAGGUCCUGGUCUCCGUAAUUUCCCAGAAGAACCUCAUGAAAAGGACUGUUGAUUGACAUGUGCAGUUGUCGGUAAUUGAGGUUUCAUCCCGGGGCUUUGAGAUGAACUGGCUCCUGCUGGGCAAUCAUUGGCCUUUUGGCCCGUUUUUUCACAAGUGAAACCUUUAAAGAAGGAUGAUAAUGUGUUAUUUGUGGAAUAUCAUAAGUGUUCAUCUGUGACUGGUUUUGCCUGCAUGAAAUGAAAUGUUUUGUGUUCUGGGUUCUCUUGGUAGCAGUGAAAACACUUUGCCACUUAAAGCAUGCGGCUUGAUCAGUAAUGGUUAUUCAAGUUCCUGAAAGUUAUAAAAGCUCCUGGUGCCUUGAGUGCUUCCCCGCUGCCCACCAGAAGAGGAAAAUCUUGCAGAGUUCUACAGCGUCACCAACGUCCCUACAAAACUGGAGCCAUCAGCUCCUCUGUAGCAAGGUGGCUUUUUAAAAGCAUUCUAAGUACAAUUUAAUGGUAUUCUGUAAGUGGUGCUUCUGGGUGUAAUUUAAAUUCUUUUUGAUGACUAAAUUUCUUCAAAACUUUUAAAGGAAAAUGUGUAUGUUCUUUUUGCUGUGUCAUUUGGAAAGAAUGAUGGCUUCUACUCCACGAAGGAUGAGAACAUGUCAUGGUUUAGAAAACGAUCCUUAAAACCAGUACGAGCACCUUGAAAGUUCUGUGUUUGGGUGGUUAUCACUCUUGUAUUUUGCAUUCAUUCCCACGUGGGUCAAUUGUCCCAGAUCUUCCUUCUGGUCGUGCUGACUUCUUUUAAGGGGGGAUGACAAGCUAAAAUCAAGGCUGUAGUGUCCAUGGAUAAAGGUGAAACGCUGUUUUGGUUCUGCACUGUUGUGUCCACCUAAAUAAAACUUCU